AUGCUUCCUUCCACUAUUAACCUCCCAUUUUCUGUUUCCUACGAAUGUUCAUUCUUGUUUUUUGGGAAUAGGGAUUCGCAUUUCUUGAAUCCCAAGAAACCUUUGGUGCUAAAGCCACAUGUCCGCUUCUGCUCUCUCCAUCUUGAAAGGAAGCAGCCUUCGCCCGAAGAACUGGGUCCUCAUGAAAAGUUGGAAUUUAGUGAUUUUACUGCAAGGGAGGCCUUCCUUGAAGAAGAGUACUGGAUGGCAGCUUCUCUCAAAUGGAAAAAUAAGUCAGGAUUUAUAACCUUUGGGAAGAGGGUAGACACUAUUCAGGAGGAAUAUGAUUGGAACAAGAAGUGGUGGAGGGAGCCACGACCCGGCCAUUUCCACGCAUGCAUCAUCGCGGUGAAGAAGCAUUCAAAGGAUGUAACACGAACCGUCAGAGGAAGUGUCAAAGGAACCCUUGAUUUGGAUAUCACAUGUUUGGAUCAUCCUGGAGUAAAAAGACGGCCUUCUGGUUUUUAUAUCAAUAAAAUAUCAAGCACAGGUUAUAUUGGUAGCAUUUCAAACGUGUGUGUUGCUUAUUCAUAUCGCCACAAGGGUAUUGUAAGCAACAUGUUGUGUUUUGCGAUAGAAUAUUCAAAAUCUAGAGGUGUGAAAAAUCUUUAUGUAGAAGUACAAGAAAACAAUGGGCCUGCCUUGGCAUUGUUCCAAAAGUUGGGGUUUAAGGUACUUAUUGAAAUUGAAAACCCCAGAUUUGAGAUACUGCGUGGAAAUCGCCAGCUUAGCUUAGUCUUACAGAUGUAAAGGACCAAAGAUAUUUUGCUUUGUUAGGAUUGGAUACUUUACGGUUUUAUAUUUUCUUAAACACUUGCAUGUAUUCAUCACAGUUUCAACAUGAAAUUUCCACUACUUCAUGACUAAGAUUUCUGAUAAUUGCAUUUAGCUUGGUUUUGGAUCUGACAAUGCAAAUUGAAACCAUCAUAUCACAAAGAUUAAAUAAAUCCUUAGUUUCUACUUUCAAGCACAAAAUCUAUGAAGCUUCAAAUUCCAGAAAAUUCAUUCACUCUUUACGGAAAUGAAAAAUAUAAAUCCUUUUGAAUUUUACAAGGGGACUAGCUCAGUUUGCUCUGCGCACCACCCCACUUUCCUUUGAAUCAAGUCCUACAUUGGCUAAAGACUGUGCCUAAUAAGAGCUUAUAUAACUUAUGCAUCUCUCCGCUUACAAAUCAAGUUUGUGGGG